AUGUCGGAGUUUGAGGCGGAGCGUGGGAACUCCACUGAACCAGAACACUUACAGGGGGUGGGCAUGAUGCCAGCAAUACCACAGCCUGAUGCUGGUGCUGCUACAGAGAGCGUGGGAGAGAUAGAAGCGCAAGGUGAAGCACAUGACGGAGGUGGGGCUGAGGGGAAGGGACAAGCAGCAGGAGACAUUUCGAAGGAGGCGCCAACCGCUUCAGUGGAGACGGGGGGGCAAGAAGAAGAGCACACGACGUGUCUAACCGAGGGCCAUGAAUCUUGCUCUGGUGCCGCUGGCAUGAAGGAGGGAGGAGAGGCACAUGACCACCACCACGGCCACGGCUGCAGCCACGAAGGCCACGACCAUGACCACGAGAUGGUGGAGUCCCACGUGGGUACGCUGGAGCUAGUGAGGCCGGGAGAUGUGGUGGAGCUGGUGGAAGGGAUGCAAGAUCUGUACAUCAUGGGCACGGUAGACGGGUUCCAGAAGGUCACCAAGAUGGACGGGCUGCAAGACAUGUCAUCCCUCACGGAAAUGACCCUGCAGUCGUGCCUCAUCGCGAAGAUGGAGGGGCUCGAAGGCCUGACGUCCCUCACACGGCUCACACUGUACGACAACCAGAUACUCUCGCUCAACAUCCCGCCGAGCCUCAGCGGCCUCACCUACCUCGACAUGUCGUACAACCUCGUCAAGAGCACGGCGCCCAUCGCAGGCUGCCCUUUGCUGGACGAGGCUUUCGUGGCGCAAAAUCGCGUUCGCGCCAUCGAGGGGUUUGAAGGCCUCACUCGCCUGCGAAAGCUUGACCUAGGGGCAAACCGAAUCAGGGCGAUAACCGGGCUAGAGGCGUGCACUUUGCUGGAGGAGCUGUGGCUUGGCAAGAACAAGAUCACCCAGAUCGGUGGCAUCUCCACGCUAGUAAGACUGAAGAGGCUCGACGUCCAGAGCAAUAGGCUGACCGCCAUCGAAGGGCUGGAGGGACUGACGGAGCUGAGGGAGCUCUACCUCUCGCACAACGUCAUCGAGAAUGCCCACGGACUCGAGUCGCAGGUUAACCUGGACACGCUGGACCUGUCGAGGAACAAGAUCGACAGCUUCGACGGCCUCCAGCACCUCGGUCAGCUCACAGACCUUUGGAUGAGCGGCAACCUCAUCUCCACGUUCGAGUCCGUGGAUGCCCUCAAGCCCCUGGGGAGCCUGACGUGCCUGUACCUCGAGCAUAACCCCCUGUACACGGACUUCGAGUACCGCAAGAGGCUGGCGGUCGUGCUGCCGACGCUAACCCAGAUCGAUGCCACGGCCGUCGCUCGCUGA